UCGGCGCGCAGGAUGAUCUUCCUGAAACCGGUGUACUUGUGCUUGCUGGCCUCGGUCGCAGUGGCAGCAGAAAGACCACUUUUGUUGGAGGAUAAUAUCGAACCACCGCAAAUUGCACCCAAAUUGGCGGAGGAGGUAGUGGCUGUCGAUCCUUUGCAGGGAGUAGACGAGACCUAUCGAUUGCCGAAAACCAGCUUUCCGACCCAUUACAACAUCCAGCUUCAAACCGCAGUACAAAAUGGAGACAAAACAUUCCAAGGAACAAUUUACAUCUAUUUAACCGUAACAGAGGUUACCGACGCUAUUGUCGUUCAUCAUCGGGGGUUGAAUUUCGAGGGUGCCUCUCUGACAUUUGUGCCUAGUGAAACACAAUUGAACGAUCUAGACUGGUCUUACGAUUCCCGAGUAGAGCAAUUGAAGUUCUUCACUGGUUCCGCACUCGAGCCAGGAGAUUAUAAGUUAUUUAUUAAAUUCAACGGCAUAUUGGGCGACAAUCAGGACGGAUUUUAUAUAUCCUCAUACACGGACAGUAACGGCUCAGCACGAUUCCUAGCUACUACACAGUUUGAACCUACCAGCGCUAGAGCAGCCUUUCCAUGUUACGAUGAACCAAGUCUAAAGGCUACUUUCACGUUAACAUUCAUACAUGACAGUUCUUACUCAGUCCGGUCCAAUAUGAACAUCAGCAGCGAGCAACUCGUUGGAACAUUAAAGAUCACAACAUUCAACAUUACGCCAACGAUGUCCACUUAUCUGUUGGCGUUCGUAAUAUCGGACUUCGAAUCCAGGGGAACCGCAGAACACAGCGUCUACGCCCGUCCGAAUGCAAUCGAGGAAACAGAGUUUGCUCUGGAAGCUGGCGGUAGGAUCUUGAGUGCUCUCUCCGCAUACACUGGUAUCGAUUAUUACCUUCAUAUGCCGGAAAUGAAACAGUUUGCCAUUCCCGACUUUGCCGCCGGGGCGAUGGAGAACUGGGGUUUGGUAACGUACAGGGAACAAUAUCUUCUCUUCGAUUCAGAACUGAACGGCUAUCGCACGAAAACCAACAUCGCUACCGUGAUUGCCCAUGAGUUUGCGCACCAGUGGUUCGGCAAUUUGGUAAGUCCCGAAUGGUGGGAGUACAUUUGGUUAAACGAAGGAUUCGCCACCUUGUUCGAAUAUCGAGCCGCCCAGCUGGCGUACCCCCAGCAGGGCUAUUGGGAGCUUUUCAAUCCGCUGGUUGUUCAAGCCGCUCUGGUCGCGGAUGGUCUGGAAACGACCAGACCGAUAACAUGGAAUGCUGCUAGCCCGGCGGAAAUUUGGCAGUUGUUUGAUCAGAUUGCUUACGAAAAAGCUGGGAGUGUUUUGAAUAUGGUACGUAACGUGCUUGGUGAAACAAAUUGGAAAGGGGGUCUAAAGUCUUAUCUGCUGAAUAGACAGUUCCAAGGUGCCAACGUCGAACAUUUGUACGCCGGUUUGCAGAUCGCAAUUGACGGAACUAAUGUUUUACCUUCGGAUGUCUCCGUUAAGACGUUCAUGGACAGCUGGACAACAGAGAAGGGUUAUCCGGUUGUGAGCGUGCGGCGCUCGUAUGAUUCAGGCAACAUUAUAAUUUCUCAGGAACGAUAUGUUUUGGAUCGUAAAGAACCGAACAGCAACGUCUGGGUGAUUCCGUUUAAUUUCGCUUACAAAUCGGCUGCUGAUUUCAGUGAUGUGACCAGUUACGAUUGGUUAACUACCAAGGCGAAGCGAUUGAGCGCUAGCAUACCAGCCGAUGAUUGGGUAAUUUUUAAUAAACAACAGGUUGGCUUCUAUCGUGUUAAUUAUGACGAUGAAAAUUGGCGCUUGAUCACAGAAGCUUUGAACGAUAAUUAUGCUAGCAUUCAUCGGCUGAAUCGUGCCCAACUUAUCGAUGAUGCUUAUUGGUUGGCACGAUCGGAGCGUCUUGAUUUUGAAGUUGUGAUGAAUUUAUUAACAUAUUUGAAAAAUGAAGAUGCCUUUGCCCCUUGGAUGGCGGCUAACAAAGUUCUGCUGUAUUUCAAUACUAAACUUCGAGGGAAUCCAACGGAAUACGAUAACUUUUUGGUUCUGGUUAAAAGUCUAAUUGAGAAGGUCUAUUCCACUUUAUCAGUUGAUACGGUUUCCGAGUCCGAAAGCUUACUGGACAAGUACUUGAAACAAACUAUUUCAACAUGGGCCUGUAUAACCGGGGAUGAUGACUGUUUGAGCAAGACUGCCGCUGCUCUCACCAAUGAAGUUUCGAACGGAAUCAAGGUUCAUCCCGACGUUGCCAGUGUUGUUUACUGUUACGGUCUUCAGGAUGCAGGAGAAGAUGAAUUCAAGUAUAUGUUUAACAGUAUUUUCCUGUCCCAAAAUUUAGUAUUCCGAACACUGUUGAUUGAUUCACUGGGUUGUUCCAAAAAUAAGGAAUACUUGAAAGCUUUUGUAGAAUCGGCUGUGGCUGGAAACAGCGCAUCAGUAAGCUACAAAGAGGGUGAACGAUUACGAGUUUUGCAGUCGGUAUACUCAGGUGGUCGAACAGGUGUUGAUGCUCUUAUAGAGUAUCUCACGAACUCGAAUGCGCUAGCGAAAUUCAUUGAAAGAAUGGGAAAUACCACUCUCAACAACGUGGUUUUAAACAUUGCCUCACGAACCAAUACACUGGAGGAAAUGAACAAGCUAAACGAAUUGCUGUUCAGCUUAGGUAUCAACAUAUCGGAAGAUUUGGCGAAUUCUGCUCGUACUACUGCACAAGCCAACGUAAAUUGGUUUGACAGUUAUGAAGGAUUAUUAACAACUAAUUACAUUAAUGAAUAUGCUGAUUCGGUCAACGCGGAAACUACUACAGAGAGUUCUACAACAACAACUCCAACAAUAACUCCAACAAUAACUCCAACAAUAACUCCAACAAUAACUCCAACAACAGGUCCAAUUUCACCAACUCCUGAAACAACAACAACAAUUACUCCAACAAUUUCGUCGUCUCCUUCGGAUAUUACAACAACAGUAACACAAGAUCCUACAACAACAACAGCAGUAGUGCCAGAUACAACAACUCCGGAGCCGGAUGGUGCAGUAACUGCUGCGAUUUCAUCAGCACUCUUGAUAGCCACUAUAAUAAUUUCGUUUGUUGGUUGAGCUCCGUUGAUAGUUAUCCCAUAUACUCAAAUUUAUUAAAAACGAAUAUAUAUUCAUGACA